CCGCCGCGGAGCUCGUCUCUUGCCGCUCGCCUGCCUCACGCCGCUCGGGCCGUGGGCGCCGGGGCGCAGGAGGAGUUACCCAAAGAGAAGCCCGGCACGAGUAGCACUUGUAGCUAUGGCGACAGGCGGCAGCGAAAGAUGGCCGCCAUCACCACCCUCGCCUGAUUCCAAACAGCGCACCAACCGGCUCAUCCACGAGAAGUCGCCCUACCUCCUGCAGCACGCUCACAACCCCGUGGACUGGUAUCCUUGGGGACAGGAAGCCUUUGACAAAGCGAGGAAAGAGAACAAACCGAUAUUCCUGUCAGUUGGCUACUCCACCUGCCAUUGGUGCCAUGUCAUGGAGUGCGAAUCAUUUGAGAAUGAAGAGAUCGGAAAAAUAUUGAACAACAAUUUUGUUUGCAUCAAAGUGGACCGGGAGGAGAGGCCAGAUAUAGAUAAAGUUUAUAUGGCAUUUGUACAGGCAAUAAGUGGAGGAGGCGGCUGGCCAAUGAGUGUCUGGCUGACUCCUGAGCUCAAGCCAUUUGUUGGAGGGACGUACUUUCCACCCGAGGACACCUUACACAGACCAGGCUUCAAAACUGUCCUACAGAACCUGUCUGAGCAGUGGAAGGAAAACCAAAAGGCCUUGACUGAGCGCAGCGACAAGAUCCUUUCGGUGUUGCAGAAGGCGACAUUGGUUAACGCCAAGGCCGGAGAGAUGCCACCGGACUGGCAAGAGGUGACGGAGAGGUGUUUCCAGCAACUGGCUCAUUCCUAUGAAGAAGAAUAUGGAGGGUUCAGCACGUCACCUAAGUUCCCUUCAGCGGUGAACUUCCGUUUCCUGUUCCACUUCUGGGCGCUGAAGAAGACGUCAGCGAAGGGCGUGCGGGCCCUGGAGAUGGCUUUGCACACACUGAAAAUGAUGGCUCUGGGAGGAAUCCGGGAUCACGUUGGGCAGGGCUUUCAUCGUUACUCCACAGAUGGGGAAUGGCACGUUCCGCAUUUUGAGAAGAUGCUGUAUGAUCAGGCACAGCUGGCUUUGGCUUUCACAGACGCUUACCAGAUAUCUGGCGACUCGUUCUUUAAAGAUGUUGCUCGGGACAUUUUGCAGUACGUCUCGCGAGAUUUAAGUGACCCGACUGGGGGCUUCUACAGCGCUGAGGAUGCAGAUUCCUAUCCCACUGCGGAGUCCAAUAAAAAGAUGGAGGGGGCGUUCUGCGUAUGGACAGAAGACGCAAUCCGCCGACUUCUCCCCGAAACGGUUCCGGGUGCAACGCAGGGGACUACCAUGGCGGAUAUUUUCACUCAUCAUUACGGAGUGAAGGAGGGCGGGAACGUUACCGGAGAGCAGGACCCUCACGGAGAGCUAAAAAAUCAGAACGUCCUCAUUAUCCGUUACUCACUGGACCUGACGGCCGCCAAGUUUGACUUGGAGAUGGGCAAGCUGGAAGAUGUCCUGGGCAAGUGUAGAAGCAAAUUGUUUGAGGUCAGCAGACACCGGCCUCGGCCCCAUCUGGAUAGCAAGAUGCUGGCAUCGUGGAACGGUCUAAUGAUUUCUGGCUUUGCUCGCGCUGGUGCCGUGCUCCAGGAUAAGAGCUAUGUUCAGCGGGCGGAGCGGGCCGCUACCUUCCUGAGGACACACUUGUUCGAUUCGUCGAGUAAAAGGCUCCUGCACAGCUGCUACCGCGGAGACGAGAGGAUGGUGGAGCAGAUAAGUUCGCCCAUCCCUGGCUUCCUGGAUGACUACGCCUUUGUUAUUCGGAGUCUGAUUGACCUGUACGAGGCCUCCUUCGACCAGCAGUGGCUGGAGUGGGCCGUGCAGUUACAGGAGGCACAGGACCAUUUGUUCUGGGAUUGCGAGGGCUUUGCCUACUUUACCAACGACACCAGUGAUCCCUCGGUGCUGAUUCGCCUCAAAGAAGAUCAGGACGGCUCUGAGCCCAGCGCCAACUCGGUGUCUGCCUCCAACCUGCUGCGGCUCUCGACCAUCGCCGGCCGGCCUGAGUGGGCAGAUAAAUCCAGGCAACUGCUGGCCGCCUUCGCCAAACGCCUCAAGACCAUUCCCAUUGCCCUGCCCGAAAUGGUAACCGCACUGAUGGCCCAACAUCACACGCUCAAAGAGGUUGUAAUCCGCGGGGAGCUGGAGGCAGACGAUACCCAGGAACUGAUUCGAUGCGUCAACUCUCACUAUUCACCGAACAAGAUUUUGCUGUUGGCUGACGGAAACCACCAGAGCUUCUUGUACAAGACUCUCCCCUUCCUGUCCGCGUUACAGAUGAAAGGCGACAAAGCCACAGCCUACCUGUGCCAAGAUCACACCUGCUCACUGCCAGUCACCUCAGCAGAAGAGCUCCAGUCGCUUAUCAUUAAAUCAGAUAAAUGAAAGAGAUGUGAUGUCGGGUGGAACUGAGCGUCCCCUGUAACCUGCCCCAGAGCCUCCCUGCUUCUCUGCUCCUCUGCUUUGUUGGCCUUUCAAGUGGGGUCUCCUUGGAAGUGGGAAUCGAGCCAGCCCUCUGUGGCGGUCUCCAGUCCAGUUCCUGAGCCUGGCUGUUCCGCAGUAUUCCGGGGCACUCACUGCUGAUGACGGCACAGCCCGGCCUG